AUGGCGGACGUGGUGAACGUUGGAGUGAACCUGGACGCGUUCUCACACGCCAUCAGCGGCAUCCAGGCUCUCAGGUCCAGCGUAAGCCGCGUAUUCGAGUCCCUGAAGGAUGGCAUGAAGAACCGUGAGACUCUAGAGGGUCGAGAGAAGCAGUUUAUAGCCGAGUUCCAGGACAAUCUGCAGGCAGUCAACAGAGACCUCAAUGAAUUGGAGCGGCUCAGUGGUCUGGUGGGACGUCCCUCAGAGUCUCAUCCUCUUCAUAACAGUGGUUUGUUGAGCCUGGAUCCAGUUCAGGAUAAAACUCCUUUAUAUUCUCAACUGCUACAGGCAUACAAGUGGUCCAACAAGUUGCAGUAUCAUGCUGGUCUUGCCUCCAGUUUGUUGAACCAACAGUCACUCAAACGAUCAGCCAAUCAGAUGGGAGCAUCAGCCAAGAGACGCCCAAAGGUCCAGCCUAGUACACUGGUGCUACCUCCUCAGUAUGUGGAUGAUGUUAUCUCUCGGAUUGGCAGAAUGUUUCCGGACAUGACGAUUGAACUAUUCAGACCAAACGGGACAUCUGCAGUACUGCUGGUAACCUUGGGAAAGGUGUUGAAAGCAAUCGUUGUGAUGCGAUCACUGUUCAUUGAUAGAACGAUUGUUCGGGGAUUCAAUGAGAAUGUUUACAAUGAAGAAGGAAAGCUUGACAUCUGGACCAAGUCUCAGUACCAGGUGUUCCAAAAGGUAACCGACCACGCCACCACUGCCCUGCUGCACUACCAGUUGCCUCAGAUGCCUGACGUUGUGGUUCGGUCUUUCAUGACAUGGCUGCGGAGCUACAUUAAACUCUUUCAGUCAUCCUGUCAGCGCUGUGGCCAUUAUCUACAGGAUGGACUUCCUCCAACAUGGAGGGACUUUAGGACCCUAGAAGCUUUCCAUGACACCUGUCGCAUGUAAUCAUUUCCUGUUUACCUGUAAACACUUUCACUUUUCGUUUGUUCUGUGUAAGGUUUAAAUAAAGUCAUUUUUUACAUUA